AUGGAAGCCGUCGGCCUCCUUGCCGAUCAUCCCCUGUGCAGUGGAUGCGCUGUAGCCGCAGCGGCGUUGCUUUAUUCAGCUGCCACGCGCAAGCCCGAGCCUCCCGCAGAGGUUCAGGCUGCAGCGAAGGCCAAAGAGCCUUGGGAGUCCCAUGUGGUGCCAGCCCUGAGCGGCCUACAGGAACUCGCGCCGGGCCACCUGUGGCAAGUCUCCGCGAAAGGCGCGUCCAAUGGCCCUCCGAUGAGGAACAUGACCCUCUACCGGCCGCCGGGCUCACGUGACUUGGUGGUUUUCUCGGCGGUGGCAUUGGAGCCGCCUUUGAUGCAGCAGGUGGAGGCCUUGGGAAGGCCGGCUGUCUUGGUGGUCCCGAAUGCCUACCACCGCGAAGAUGCCGCAGUUUGGAAGGCGCGCUAUCCGGACCUCAAAGUGUGUGCUCCUUCUGGCAGCAAGUGGAUCCAUGAGCGCAUCUCGAAGGUUGUGUCUGUGGACUUCGACGCGCGAGAACUGAGCCAGCUGUAUGGCGAUGCUAUCCAAGUGGAGGCCAUAGACGGUUGGAAUGAAAACAGCACGGAGGUCUUCGAGUACUACUACACCCUGAAGCUCGCGGAUGGCACGCGGGCCUACUACGUUUGUGACAUGCUCCUGCGCACCGACCCAGGAUUCAUGUCCUGGGUCUUCGGCUCCGGUCCUCUUCCCGGAGGGUUCCCUCGCGUGGGCCGCCUUGGCAAGCUCUUCCUCCAUGACCGCAAGCGCGUGGCGAAGUUUUAUGUCCAGCUCGCGCAGCAGGACAUCAGUAUCAUCUGCUAUGCCCACGGUGAGGCAUUCCGAGGAGACUGCCGCACGCUUGCCACCUUUGACCCAAUCGAAUUGUUCCCCAAGGCUUCCAAGUCACUAGUCGAGGUCACCAAACUCUUGAGCUGCCGAGCCAUGGGUGAGAAUCGGACAGUGGCAAGCCGGACAAGUUACAUCACCAACGCAGUGGAGCAGAUGGUUGGUCAUGCGGGUUCGCGUGAAGUUGCCUCAGACGCAGGCCACCUGUCCUCCAACAAGCCGUUCCGCUACAUGGUGCUGCGGUAUGUCCAGUGGUCAGAACUCAUACCCAUAUUGAGGCUGAAGGACCAUCAGGUCGUCCUUAGGGACUUUCGCUACAAGCCGGAAGACUCGUGCAACGUUGUGACCACCUACUUCAGCACUCAGCUCGAGGUCGUGAUGGCAGCCGUGCAGGAAAAGUUUGCUUGGCUCGAUGACGAAGACGAUCCUCGCAUCAUCCGGGCGGCUCUGCAGGACGAUGAGUUUGUGCUAUUGCUUCGAGGAUACUUCGAAGCAGGAGACACCGAAAGGAGAGGCCGGAGUCUCAUCGAAAUCGUCGAGGAGCGAAUCCAGAAGGGCUCCGGCUCACGAGGCAACCCGCAAGCAACCUUCAACAUCCUGGCUCGUGCAUUCGGCAGGGCUCCUCUGGCAGCUGGCUCUCGGAUCAGGAGGGAGGACCUUGGGGACCAAAUGAACCCAGCCUGGUCACCAAGUCGACCCGCGCACAUCUCCUGA